CUAUUUAUAGUCUAAAAGCCUGGGUAACUGAGGCUACUGUGAAGCAUCUCAAAUUCAUCUGGACACACCACCCAGUUUCAGCCUUGAUUAGUGAAUGUUUGAUUAUGUGCUCCACAAAAAUGGACUUUUACUCUUACUCUUAUUCUAAGCUUCCAAUUGUGUUUGCAGUGGUGCCACGAGAAUGAGACUAACUGGUAACUUGGCUGCUGCAUUUUAAAGACAAGUGUUUCUAGGUGACCAAAAAGUGCAAAAUGAUACAGUGCAAAAUGCAAAAUGAUACAGUGCAAAAUGAUACCUUUGAGUAACAAAUGGAAUUGUAAAUCUGUGGACAAAAAAUCUGUGGAAAAAAAACUUUCUGGGAAGAAACCAUUGCUUUAAAAUUGCUAAUCUAAAUUAUUUUAAAAUAUUCCAAAAGAUAACAAAAUGCAUUAUACACAGUAGUAUUUUUAUGAAAUAUACCCUGUUUUUAUCCAAAUGAAGUAACUAUUGUCUGAUAAUGUAUUAGUAACAUUUUGUUUUGGCAUCUAGUGGCAUUCCACAGGGUUCUAUUCGUGGGCCUAUGCGACUCAUGUUAAUUAUGAUAGUAGACUAGGCUAAGUUUAGUACGUGAAGUGUAGGCUUUUAUACAGGGUCGCUAAGGGGUUAACAUUCCUGAGGUAAUAGACUGAGGUACCCUUAGCAGGCUGUUUGAGUAUACAAGAUUGUUACUUAGCAUUCGCCCCACUCCCACUCCAACCCGGCUUUUACUACUGCAGCUCAGAGACACUUCUGCAGCCAGACUAAGCUCAGGAAUACAUCUUUAAGAUAGAAGCAUUCAGUAAGUAAAGUGUUCCACAAUGAGCUGUUAUAUGGGAGAGCGGUCCAGAAGUUCAGAGUGCGUGGAGCUGCAUGUGUUUUUUGUGCCAGAUGAACAGUGGAACUCGAGACUGAAUAAAGUGUCAGUGGAAGCCAUAGACAGCUUUAUAUCAGCAGGCUUCAUCAGGGUGUAUCCAGACAUAAGUCUCAAAACUGUCAGAGAUGAACUUGGAGCAUUGCUUGGACUGGACAGGAUCACUGAUAAAUAUUGCUUUUUAAAAUGUGUUGGAAGAAGCCUAGCACUGGUAAAAGCCAAACAGGAGAAAGACUUGAAAGUGAAAUCUUUUGCUCCACCCUAUUCUCCAUACCCAGAGCUCUAUCUGCUGCCAGUUGAUGAACAUGGUAGUAGCCUUUGCUCCAGUUCACUAAGCCCAGACACAGUCAUUUACAACGCAGACACUCAGAGUGGCUACCCUCCUAGACCAGUUUUUGCACCUGUCCAGACAAAAGAGCCUAUUAAAUUUCCAUUAAUCAAACAAGGGCCUCAGUCGUCUGUCCUAGACCAAAGUCUGGAAGAUGAGGGCAGCUUCAGCUCGCUGGAGGAGAGGGAGGAGGUCUCUGUGGGAUGUGAAGAUCCAAUAUGGACUGAUGUUCAUAAUAUAAGCAGAAGUGUCCAAGAGGAAUUUGGGACAAAGCAACAUGAUGAGAUGCUUCCAAUGAAUCAAAACCCAACAAACAUGGAAAAAAAUCAGAAAAAGACACGUCACAAAAUAAACUUUGCCAGAGAUUCAGGAGUACCAGAAUCUCUUGAAGAUCCAGAUACCGGGAUUUUCCUCUCACAAGAAAGAAAAUCCAAACUGUGUCAGACACUAAAGCCAACAGUAAAGAAGCCAAAUGAUGAGGGAAAUGUGGGCAGAGCAGAACCUGGAGUUCCUGUUAUGUGUGAUGCAACUCCGAAUGUUCCUUACUUGAAGUCUCAGACAGCUUUGACCAACAGGAAUGAGCUGCUAAAAGAACUCGCACUAGUCAAAGAGGAAAGAAAGCAGCUAGAAAAAACAAGGCAAGAGCUUUUAAGAAAAGGCAAAGAGCUACUGGCACUGAAUAGACACAGAAGGAACCAAGCACGGGACAAGUGGAAGAGAAAGUAUUUUGACACCAAAAAGGCCACAGCACCACUGGAAGAAGCUCUGAAAAGUCUAAGGCAGGAACUGGAGACAUUUUAUGACAAGCUGUUUCAACAACUACAAGCACGAGACGGCAGAAACAGACAAAGACGAACUGGGAAUCCAUCAAGCACAAAGAACAAUCUUAUUAUCCAGAUUAUGACAGAGAGUUGGGAAAUUGACAAUCUAAAGAAAAAUUUGGACGAUGCCAAAAUGAAACUUGUUACAGAAACUAAGCUGAAAAAGCAGGCGGCCACAGAGCUUCGAGCACUGAAAGCAGAACUGAUGCAGAAGAAGUCUCAGUGCUCCAUCACUGGGCAACUUUUAGGCAAUAAUGACUGACUGGUUUACACAUUACCACAUUCACACCUCCCUAAGCCUUUAUCUGACUACAGUGCAUUUUUGUUUUUUAUUAUUCCUUUGGCUAACUAAAGGCCUUAUGUACAAUAUGGUACACAUUUAUCCAAAUGUAAAUGUCUGUACUGUAAUGUGUAUACUGUGCACCACUGUGUAUAACUCCAGAUAGCAAAAGACCAGUAGAGUCAGUAGGACCUAUACAUAAGUUUCUUUCUUUGAUUUAAGGGGUUUUAUAUAAAAAUGAAUGGUGUGUUGACAAAGAGCAACUACAUGUGAUAAUGGAACAAUCUUGCAAUCUAGAACUCAUACAGUGCAGAGCAAGUAAGCAGCCCAUGAGCACAUCUUUUUAUAUUUAAAGAUUUUGUAAUGUAAUUUCCUUUCAACAAUAUAUAUAUUGUGGACCAUUUUUUUAUUUAGUUUUUUUAUUUAGUUAUUUUUAGUUAGUCUAGUUCAUGUGAAAUUCCACGCGGAUAAAAAUAUAAAUGUUUCUCACUGAUGUCUAAUCAAGUUUAAUGUACUUUAAUCCCAAAGUUAUAAUAAGAUCCCUUAUAUACCAUGUAAAGAUCAUUGCUGUCAAGUACAAUUAUGAUGAAAGUACCAACAGAAAUGCUCCAAAUAUACCUGAAAAUAUCUUAAAAUACCUUCUCCUGCAAACUUUUGGAUAUAAAAAUGUCAUGUAUAUUUUGAUUCUACAGAACAACUAAAAAUAAAUGAAUGUGUAGAA